AUGAAUCAUGAAAGUCCUAAUCUCUCAGGCUCAGAUAGUAAAAAAUCAGAUAAUAAUAAUCAAGCUAGAUCAUCUAUUAUUAUACGUGGUAUCCGAUAUAAUCAUCCAAGAAUAAAUACUAUCAGUAGAUGGGGAAUUCUUCCAUCAAUCUUAAAUACUGAAAUUGAAGAUGUCAUCAGUACUGAACAAGACUUAGCCAAUAGCAAAGAAGAUAAUAUUAGAAAUUUGAUCAUAGAUCUGACAACAAAAUUUCCAGAUCCAACAAUUGAACAGGAAUUGAAUGGAUAUACCAAGAUUAAUAAUAUACAAAUACCUACAAAAAAAGUACUCAAUAAAAUGCAAAUUAUUAAAAUUGUGUUAGACAAAUAUCAGAAAUGUGAAGAGAAUGAUUCUAAUAAUACUGAUGAAGAAUCAUCUGAAAUUUCUAUUUCAGAAAGAUUGAUUGAAUUAAAGAAAUUUAUCAAUUUUUUUGAGCAACAGAAAAGUAGGGAUUUUAAUAUAGAAGAUUUAAAGAUCUGUUUAUAG